AUGUUUGAAACCUUGAACAAACGUAUCCAGGAAACUCUAGUGGAGCGAAAGAGCCGCAGGAACAGACUAGUGACCAAAGAUGGUCGCUGCAACAUUGAAUAUGGAAACAUCAAGAACAUCAGACACUUUGGCUUCCUGGCUGACUUCUGGAUCACGUUUGUGGAAAUCCGUUGGCGUUUUGUUCUCUUCUUCUUCAUUGCCUCUUUCACCCUCAGCUGGUUCAUCUUCGGCCUGCUGUGGUACUGGAUUGCCCGCAACAAUGGAGACCUGACGUGGCAAAACCCCCCAGCGAACCACAUUCCAUGUGUUGACAAUGUUUUAGGUCUCUGCACAGCGUUCCUCUAUUCCCUAGAAACCCAGACAACUAUCGGGUAUGGUGGACGUGCACUCACCCCUCUCUGUCCCGGUGCUGUGGCACUUCUCAUCAUCCAGUCCCUCUGUGGAGCCAUUAUCAACUGCUUCAUGUGUGGAAUCAUCCUGUCCAAAAUCUCUUCGCCUAAAAAGAGAGCAAAGACCAUCACCUUCAGUGACAUGGCUGUUAUCGGCCCCAGAAAGGGGGCUCUCUGCCUCUCAAUCAGAGUGGCCAACCUGCGCAAGACCCUGAUGAUAGGAAGCCAGAUCUACGGCAAGCUGCUGAGAACGACAUACACACCAGACGGGGAGACGAUCAUCAUGGACCAAGUGGACAUCAACUUCACGGUGGAUGCUGGGAAGGAUAACCUCUUCUUCGUAUGCCCCCUCACGCUCUACCACAUCAUUGACAAGAGCAGCCCUUUCUUCGAGAUGGCGGUGGACACACUCCACCAAAAAGAUUUUGAGCUGGUCGUCUUCCUCGACGGCACAGCUGAGUCCACCAGCUCCUCCUGCCAAGUGCGGACCUCGUUUAUUCCUCCGGAGAUCAUGUGGGGCUAUAACUUCUUGCCCAUCAUUUCCAGAAGCAAGGAGGGAAAGUACAGAGUCGAUUUCUCCAACUUCUCUAAAGUGGUGCCCAUAGCGACUGCACACUGUGCCUAUUGUUUCCACAAUAUCAAGGGUCAUCACCACCACUCCAGAGAUGGAUUUGACAACUUGGGCUUUGAGGCGAUUAAUAUCGAUGACCCCCCAAAUGUCACAAAGUUGUAA